AUUUGGCUCCAACAAAUACCCAAACGGAAACGCUAACAUUUCCCGGACCAAACACGUUAGUAGAAAAACUUCUGGCAGCAAUUGGUAAUUGGUCAACAUGGCCGACAUUGACUGCGAGCCUUUCAAUCCCUUUAAUGUUGGUCCGCCCAACAGCGGCCAACGGGUGGAGUUCAAAAUUCCCACCAGCCCCACGUAUCCGCCGCCGGUGUUUGCCAUUAUGCCACAGGACAAGCAGGGGUACGUCAAGCAAUCGAUUUCGCAGGAGUCGGCGCCUGCAUCCCGCCUGAAACUUGGCCAGUCUAAAAUGGGGAAAGUGGCCGUAUCGCAGGCAAUCAACGAGGAGAUGGCCGCUGCCAAGCAGCAGGCGGCUGCCCUGGAUGAUGAGGAGCGCUUCGAUGCGGGUGGCAUCUCAAAGCUGAGGCUGCCAAACUCCAAGUCCAACAUAGACUCAACAUCGAAGGGCCAGUCCAAAGUGUCUGUCAAAACGCUGCUGCCGGUGAGGUCGCAGCGACAGGCCAAAAAUGGAUCGACAUCAGGGUCCAGUGUCGGCGCGAAGGCGAGCAAGGUCUCAAGGGCAAGUACUCGCAGUCGGGUGAGCACAGGGUCCAGCAUCAAGUCACGGUCGAGUUCCGCCUCCAAGCAGAGCAAAAAAUCACAGUCGAGCAAUGCCCAGUCGAGCACCGCUGCCUCUCUGGGAAGAUCCUCGAGCAGAGCUUGCAGUAAAUUGAAUCCUCGUUCGACCACCGAUUCGAGCGUCACACUAACGUCCAAGCUGGCUAAACAACAUUCCAAGGUGGAGUCGGUCAAGGCCUCAAGCUCAAAGGACGUGUCAAGGUCUUCUCGCACCUCCAAAACGAUUGAGAAACCAACUGAAAGGGCCUCCGAGAACUUAUCCCAACAUUCGGUGCAGUCCAAGACCAAAGACGCUACUUCCACUGUUCCAAAGUCAAAGAAGAACGAAUCAAGUGCCACUCUCAAGUCGAAAAUUGCGUCAUCAAAGGCCUCGUUGAAGGACAAGGUCAAGCCAGCCAACAAAAUCAAGUCGGUAAAGACCUUGGCUGAGGAAACAUCUUUGAUCGAUCAGGCAGCUAAGUUCACCGAACGCCUCAAGGCAGGCGAUGAAGAUAACUUCAGACGCUACAGUUCGCUGAUGAACAAUUACUCAAGGAGGGUGCCCGAGAAGCUGUUCCGAGAGGAUCGCAUGUCCUUCUGGUUCCAGGACGCUGUGCUUUAGUUUAUGGCAAUAGCAAUACAAAUACAUACAAAUUAGCCGCAUGAA